CGAUAAUGUCCGCCUUUUAAAAUGAGACGACUUAUCACUCGACGCCAGAUUGAUAGAGCCUCUUACGUUGACAUGGUGUCUAAUUAUAGUAGUUGUUAGAGAAACACUGCGUAUUGUAGCGUGCAUUUGUAAUUCUCUCCGUUCUACUGUCACUGUCUGAGCUACCUUUAUGUCGCGGACACGUGACCCCAAUGAUAGCAAACAAAACUCGCCAGUAGUCAGACAAAUCUUAUAGUACGAGUGGAUGAAGUGAAGAAAUAUGGCCUCAGAAGAAGACCCUGACGCCGUUUCGCACUCCAGCAGUAUACGAUUCUGCGGAUGUUGCGAAUGCAUGCGCGGCGAAGGUGCCCCCAGCGGCAUAAGGUGGCAGGCGCUGGCGGCCGAGCUGGUCGGCACGUGCCUGCUUCUGUUCCUCACCUGCCUGUCCACCUGCGGCCUGCCGUCACCGUCGCCGCUGUACCGAGCCAUCGCGUCGGGCUUUAUAGUCGCCUUCAUAGUGCAAUGCUUCGACCACAUCUCGGGCGCGCAGCUGAACCCGACGGUGACGCUGGCGGGGCUGGUGGUGGGGCGGUGGCGGGCGGCGGCCGCGCUGGCCGAGAUCGUGGCGCAGCUGCUGGGCGCCGUGGCCGGCGUCGCAUUGCUGCGACUUACCGCGCCCGACCACGUGGACGCUCGCCACUCCGCCGUCUGUGUUACGCUGCCCGCCGACGGGCUCUCGCUCUACCAGGCGGUGACGAUCGAGGCGGUGCUGGGCGCGUGCCUGGCGCUGGCGAACUGCGCCUCGUGGGACGCGCGCAACCGCUACCUGAAGGACUCGUGGCCGCUGCGCAUCGGCCUCACCGUCGCCGCGCUCUCGCUCACCGCCGGCCAGUUGACGGGUGCCAGCAUGAACCCGGCGCGCAGUUUCGCGCCCGCACUCUGGUCCAAGACUUGGACGCAUCACUGGGUGUACUGGGCGGGCGCGCCGAGCGGGUCGGCGGCGGCGGCGGCGCUGUACCGCGGCGUGUGGCGCGCGCCGCUCGCGCCGCCCGCCGCGCCGCCCGCCGCGCCGCCCGCCGCGCCGCGCUACAAGCCCGCCUGACACCUGACGUUAUAACAUUCACAAGUUCAAUACACGUGUUCAAUUAUCAAAUCCUCGGUCUUCAAUGCCGCCAAGAUCUAUAUCUAUAUCUCGCAUACUAAAACAUAACUUAAAUUUAACCAUCCUCAGACUGUACUUUUAAAAAGGAAAACGAUACAGUAUGGAUUUGAAAUCCUGUAAAUAUAUAAAUAAAUAUGUUAUAUCACUAGCCGAUUACUACGCUUUCCCUGUCCGGACCUGUAAACCAUUUCAAUAUAACAGUAUUUCGAAAAAGAAUCAAAUUUACACGCGUAUUGAGCUUCGAGAUUACCCUGGUAGUCUCGGACUCGAUAGGAGUCUAAAAUUGAGUAUAGCCUAUAAGUAAACUUUAUACACCUAAAUUAUAAUACACACAGUAGUUAAUCGAGUUAUUAAUAUUACAACUAGGUAUUAACAAAUCUGAAACCUUACGCCAAUUUCUAAAUAGAUAGAUAAUAUAAAAAAUCAACGUAUGCUGUUUCAUCUCUGUGAAUGUUGAGUACAACUACAAUUGGACUGUAAACUUAUAAUACUAUUGUUGUAUUCUAUUGUUAAAAGUUUUGUUUGUAAUCUGUUAAUGUACCACAGAAAUAAAUAAAUAAGCUUUAAUAUAGAUUAAGAGCCCAUGA